UCAAGUCAGCUUCUGUCCUCUCCUCUUCUUCUCCUUUUCUUGUGUGACAAACCAAAAAACAACUAAUAUUCUGAUAGAGAGACGCUAAGAUGUUUUGCAAAGAAGCCAUUGAAGCUCUAGAAUUGAUGAAAGAUCAAUGGAGAUUGUCCUUGACAGAUGCAAUAGUGGCUGAUAUCAAUUUCCUCAUUAUGGAGCUCAAGUUUCUGGACAUUUUCCUGAGGCUGCAGAGCUUUACUACUGACAGCAACUUGCUGGAUGUUUCCGAACACAUCCGAGCUAUGGUUAGCGUUGUAGGAUCGGACCUCAAAAGUCUAUUCUCCGCAGGAAUGGUGCCACCUGAUCAAAAAUUUGAUCUCACUUUGUCUGAGGUGCAAGAAAAGAUCCGGAUUUGUAAGUCGGAAAUCAAAGCUCAAUACUCUUAUCCUCAGGUAGUAAAUAUUUCUGAUGCUAGUCCCACGUCUAUAGCAAAACUCAUUGGUGAUGUAAUAGAGACUAUAAAUUAUGUGGUGAGCACACCUUUGGCUUCUUCCUUAUCUAUUAGUCCACAAAUUCGGGAGCUCUUUUGCGCAUUGAGUUCACCACAAUCUCUCUGUUACAUGCUUGCUGUCAGAAAAUUACAAGACUCUAGCCAAAUGACUUUCUUCACUCAUGCUAUAGCUGUGACUUGUCAUGCAGCAAUGAUUAUCUUCUUGCAUUUUCCUGAGCAUAACAAGGUUAAUCAGGAAACUGAUAUCAAUUCCUUGCUUACUGAUUUCGCAUUGAAGAGAAUUUUUCCCAUUCAGCCAUGUGUCCGCCGUAUCUAUGUUGAACUCCUCCAAUCUUUUAUGUCCGGACCACAAUUAACCUGGCGUCACGCUGUCCUAGCUAAAAUGGAAACAAUGUUUACCCUUUUUCUCAAAACCAAUCUGCUGAUGUUACAGUUCUCUUAUAGAUAUGGCUUGAUAGUUCCGUUGGAGGAUCAAAAUCAAAUGGACUACUUUUUCGAGAUGUUGGACUAUUUGGGAACAUAUCUUGAGGAUUUGCCACCACAGGGCUUUGGAUCUAAGCUGAGAGAAAUAGAUAAUUUGAUGGUCAAUGCAGCACUUUUCAUUUUCUCGUUAUAUGGUAACGAGGAAGACGUGGCAUCUGGAGAAGUAAAUCAAGAGGCCACCCUUGAUUUGCCUGGCUUGAUUCAGCGUAUCAGCGCUUUGACUUACCAAAUCGUUCAAAUGUCAUUUCAAUCGAUUUUACCUAGGAUUGAUGGUCUUGGCUUUGUUGAUUUCCUUCUGGUCAACAUGAAGGAGUUCCUUAACCAGUCUGCUGAUACACUUCCUUCUGCCAAGAGCCAACUUGAAGCUGUGCUGAAGUAUCUUGAAUUUUUGCAUCCUUUUUUGAGGGAUGUUGCAGCAGAAAAAUGUAUUAAUCAUGAUAGACUGCAACAUCUUGCCACAGUGGUCAUUGGCAAGGCAUAUGAAAUAGAAUAUAUAGUUGAUUGUUUCGUGACUAAAGAUGUUCCUGCCUGGUUUCUUACACCAUGGCUUUCGGAUCUCAUUGUGGAGAUUGAGUUUCUUAAGGCAGAGGUCGAAAAGAUUAAGGAGGACAAGGCGUGUGACGCACCAAUGGAAAACAUCACCAAUGCUUCCAAUGUUGCUACAUCAUCACAAUCGGCCAGUAUGCCAAGCACAACUGAAGAAAUGGUGGGAUUCGAGGACGUGGUGCAAACAUUAAGAAACCAACUUGUUGGAGGAACAUCACAACUUGAUGUUGUCUCAGUUGUUGGCACUUUUGGACAAGGUAAAACAACAGUUGCCAAAAAGCUAUUCUAUGACGAAUCAAUUGCCUCUCUGUUUGAUGUUCAUGCAAAAUGUUUUCUUCCAGUUGUAUAUUUACGUAGAGAUUUGUUGGUUGCUAUUCUGAGUGAUGUGGUUGACAAGAAAACUGAUCUUAGUGAAGUCCCUGAAGAUGAAUUAGCUGACAAGUUGCACAAAAUAUUGUUGCAAAGGAAAUACCUUAUCCUCGUUGAUGAUGUUCGUGAAACUGUAGUGUUGGACUUUUUAGAGUCGUGCUUUCCGGAUGCCAACAAUGGAAGCAGAAUUAUUCUAACAACAGAGUUAGACGAAGUUGCUAAUUAUGCUAGACGUGUUAGUUCUCCCUAUCGUCUUCGCUUGUUUUCUGAUGAAGAAAUCUGGAUGUUGUUACAGAAUAAGGUUUUCCUCCGACAAAGUUGCCCACCGUAUAUUAGAGAUGUUGGACAAAAACUAGUAAAAACCUGUCCCGGGCUACCCCUUGCGGUUGUUAUGCUGGCCAAUGCUCUUGCAAAACUGGCGAAGAAUGGGGAUCACGUGAACUUCUCUGAAGAGGCGGUGAAAGAGUUCAAUGAAAUUCUGGAGAACCAGAGAUCUUCUUAUGUUAAUGUAUCAUCACAAAUGGCCAGUACUCCAAGGAUAACUGAAGAAAUAACAGAUGAAAUGGUAGGUUUCGAUGAUGUACUGCAAACCUUAAGAGAUCAACUUGUUAGAGUAACACCAAGAGAGCUUGAUAUUAUCUCGAUUGUUGGCACUCUUGGACAAGGUAAAACAACAGUUGCUAACAAACUAUUCACUGACGAAUUAGUUGUCUCUUUGUUCGAUGUUCGUGCAAAAUGUUUUGUUCCUGCUGCUUUUCAACGCAGAGAGUUAUUAGUUGCUAUUCUGAGGAAUCUUGUUGAAAAGACAAUUGAUCUUAGUGAAGCGAGAGAAGAUGAAUUAGCUGAUGAAUUGCACAAACUUCUAUUGCCAAAGAGGUAUCUUCUCCUCAUUGAUAAUGUUAAUGACUCUGUAGCAUGGGAUUAUCUAAGGUCAUGCUUUCCAGAUGCCAACAAUGGAAGCAGAAUUCUUCUAACAACUCGUCUAGAUGAAGUUGCUACUAAGGCUAGACGUGUUAGUUCACCCCAUUAUCUGCGCUUGUUUACUGAUGAAGAAAGCUGGACGCUGUUACAAAAUAAGGCGUUCCCCCGACAAAGUUGCCCGCCAAAUUUUAGACCUCUUGCAGAACAAUUAGCCAAACGGUGUGAAGGGUCGCCUGUUCAAGUUGUUGUGCUGGCUGGUGUUCUUGCAAAAAUGACGACAAAAGAGUUGGAACUACUGGCAGAAGGGGAUAAAGGUGUUCACAUGGUCUUCAUUAAAGAGGUGGAGAAAAAGGCCAGGGAAGCUACGUUAGACCAGGCGCGUGGGUCACGACCAAAAAGCUUUAGAAAUGCUUCCCAAGGCCAUAUAUCAUCUCAACUGGAUUGGACUACAGCUGAAGAUAUGGUGGGGUUCAAGGACGUCAUGCGAACAAUAACAAACCUACUUGUUAGAGGAACAUCACAAAGAGAUGUCAUUUCAAUUGUUGGAAUGGCUGGACAAGGUAAAACAACAAUUGCUAACAAACUAUUCAUUGAUGAAUCAGUUGUUCUACAAUUUGAUGUUCGUGCAAAAUGUUAUGUUUCUCAAGUGUACAACCGUCGAGAGGUGUUGGUUUCUAUUCUGAGUGAUGUGGUCGACAAGCCAACUGAUCUUAGUGAAGUGCCUGAAGAUGAAUUAGCUGAUAAGUUGCGCAGACUAUUAUUGUCAAAGAGAUAUCUUAUCCUCAUUGAUGAUGUCUGGGAAACUAGAGCAUGGGAUGAGUUACAGACAUGUUUUCCGGAUACCAACAACAGUAGCAGAAUUAUGCUGACAACCCGGCUAGAGAAGGUUGCUACCUAUGCUAGCUGUGUUAGUUCUCUUCAUCAUCUUCGCUUGUUUUCUGAAGAUGAAAGCUGGACGUUGUUACAGAAAAAGGUGUUUCUUCAACAAAGUUGUCCACCGGAUCUUGAAGGUGUUGGACAGGAAAUAGCAAAAAAGUGUGGAAGGUUACCUCUUUCAAUUGUUUUGGUAGCUGGUGUUCUUGCAAGUAUGACAAAGAAAGAGCAGUGGGAACAAGUGGCAGAUGGUUUAGGUUCACAUAUUCGUGGCGACUCCAAGCACAUCAUACAAUUCAGUUACAAGAAUUUGCCCCAUUAUCUUAAACCUUGCUUUCUGUAUUUUGGAGCAUUCUUGGAGGACAAAGAGAUUCAGAUCUCAAAGUUAAUGAAGUUAUGGAUGGCGGAGGGUUUGGUAGUAAAACAAAAGGAAAGAUGCUUGGCUGAUAUAGCAGAAGAUUACUUAGAGGAUCUUAUUAGAAGAAAUAUGGUGAUGGCCACCAAGAAUAGAUAUCUUGGCAAAGUAAAAGCAUGUCGUAUCCAUGACCUGUUGCUUGAAUUUUGCAAGGAAAAGGCAAAGGACGAGAAGUUUCUACUAUGGAUAUAUAGGGAUCAAGAUGCAAAUUCUGCCGAAGUGUUGUCUCGAAUGCUUGUACAGCGUCGUAUAUCCAUUUAUUCAAAACAACACAAUCUUGUUGAAAGGAGUCCAUCUUGCUCCAAUGUCCAUUCCAUAUUAUUCAGGAAGGUUGGUGAUGAUGUUAUCCCCUCAGUCGACAAUCAGGUCUCAUUUGCUUUUCACAGCUUUAAGUGUCUUAGAGUGUUAGAUCUGGAGUUUGUCACUGUUGAUUCUUUCCCAACUGAAUUAUCUCAACUGAGGUACCUUGCACUUAGAACUUUUGAGGAAUCUAUUCCAUCAUCUAUAGCCAAUCUCCGGAAUCUUGAAACACUUAUGGUUAAAGGGCUUGGAAGUGAACUUUCAUUGCCACACUCACUGUGUAAGAUGGUUAAGAUAAGACAUCUACAUUUAAACGACCGUGCCUCCUUCAAUUUGCAAAACAUAAAAGUAUUCCUAGAGGAUCCCUCGGAAUUAGGUAAUUUGGAGACUUUUUCCACUCCUGCUUUUUCAUCCGGUGAGGAUGUGGAGAAGGUAUUGAGUAAGACCCCUAAUAUUCGAAACCUGAGAUGCAUAUUUUCAGGAUCAUGGGGUUAUUCUGAGGAACAACAAAAGGACUGCAAUCAGUUCCCAAGAUUACAGCACUUAACCAAGCUUGAAUCACUCAAGGUGUUUUGUUUCCACAAGCCAGAGCGAUCACCUUGUGUAUUCAAUUUCCCGUCAGAUCUUAAGAAGCUGACACUUUGUGGUUUUGGAUUGCCAUGGAGUGAAAUUUCAGCCAUCUCAACACUUCCUAACCUUGUGAUACUCAAGCUACAAUCCGAUGCCUUUUGUGGCGAAGAAUGGGAAGUAAGUGAUGAGCAAUUCUCCCAACUAAAAGUGCUGAAGCUAGAAAAUAUUUCCUUUGCGUGUUGGAGUGUCUCAGAGGAUGCUUUCUCUAACCUUGAGCAACUGGUUCUGCAUAGUUGUGAUUGUCUUGUCGAAAUCCCUACUGAAUUUGGUUACUUCACUUGCCUACAAUCCAUCGAGGUAAAGUCGUGCCAGGAAUCUGUUGCAAAUUCAGCUAGGAAUGUCGAGGAAAUUCAGGUCGAAGAAAUGCAAAAUAAUGGCUUCACGCUUUUUAUCUACUAAUGAAAUUUUCUCUGAGAUAUCACAUGAGAUCACUUGUUUCAUGGAUUCUUCUUUUAUCACUCUCUCAAGACUCUUAACGUCCAGUAAGGCAAGCAAUUCAAAAUGAUUUAUCAAGAGCAGCAGCAGCCGGUCCCUCAUUUAUCGAGAUUAUUAAGAAUCUCUUUUGCUCUAUACUUGUCUUAAUUUUUUUUUUUAAUAUUAUGUGGUCUCUAUUACUCUGGUUGAUUCCUUCAUAUAAUUUGUAAGACCUGAUAUUGCUGAAUAUGCAUGAUUGACAUUUGAACACAUACUCUUUUGGAGAAAAUGUACUUUCAGUUGUUUUGAACACGUACACUUAAGAAAUCCAUUUGGCUA